GGUUGUAAAAGGAUUGGACAAUUUCUUGUUUAAACUUGUCAUUUUGCGAGCUGUGAAAGAUCAUAGUGGAAAUGUCUGGAGAAGAAAACCAACUGAUAUGUAUGUUGUUGAAAUUACAACAGACAAGUCGUUUGAAACAUUAACAACCGAGGAUGCUGUAUUAGAUGGGAGCUAUAAUCAGGUAAGCAUUCACUGGAUGGUCUUAAAUGUAUCCACUUUUUCAAGGCAAAAUCUUUGACGUUUCCAGUUCCCACAGCCAAACAAUUGACUGGCGUAGUAAAUGUGUAUUGUAGGCCUAUAAGCGCAUAAGAAUACUCAAAUUGAAAAUUUCAUUCAGUGUUUAACUUUUUAUAAUAGAAUUGAGAAUAGGUUUUUUAUACGAAAACCAAUCCUGAAAAAAUCCAAAGAAAUUUAUCGAUAUUACCACAUACAGAAAAUGGUUAUGGAAAACCAAUCCUAGAGAAAUUGAAACAAAUAACUAAUUUGAGCGCUUACAAAAAUUGAUUUGGAUCUGUCCAAAAUCAAUCCUAGAGAAAUUGAAACAAAAUAAAUUGUUUGAAGCAUCCAAAUUAUUAUUUUUAAUUGGUUUUGCAUUAUAGAAAUGGAUUUGGAUGUGUCCAAAAGCAACUGCUGAUAUAUUCAAACAAUAUAACUCAUUUGAGCGCUUACAAAUGAUGCGAAAAACAAUCCUUCAGAAAUUCCGACAAAUAACUCAUUUGACUCAUUAUAGAAAGGGAUUUGGAUGCAUCCAAAAUCAAUCAGAUUGGAUUUAUCCAAACCAACAAUUAAUAUGUUUGCAAAAUAUCUCUAAUUGAUCGACAGUAUAGAAAUGUGGUCUCGACAUACUUGACAACUACUUUGAAAAAUGACCUAUUUAGUGUCUUUCAAUGCUGGCUUGGAUUUAUUCAAACGAACUUUUAAUAUACUUACAAAAUGUUCCUAAUUUAUCAUUAAAACAAUAAAUAUUACUAUUAUUAAAUAAUAUUAUUAUAUUUGUUAAAACAAUUGAUAUGUUUGCAAAAUAUCCCUAAUUUCGCAACAGUGCAUGUAGAAAUAUGUCGUGACAUAUCGGUGACAACUGCUUUGAAAAAUGACCUAUUUAGUGUCUUUCAAUAUUGGCUUGGAUUUGUCGAAACCAACUUUUAUAUAUGCUUUCAGAAUACCCACUGAAUCUAUUACACUUAUAAAGGUAUUGAUAAUAUUGAUCUUAAUUUUUCAAGGGACGUCUUUUUGCAAAAUUACACCAACAUGUUAACGUUUAGCAGGCAAGAUUGUGAGAUUUUACAUUUGUGGACAUUUUUGCCGCAUGAGAUAUAUUUGUCCAUUUUUCCAAUCAAUAGAAUAUCACACUUAGCUCUGGAACGUGUUAUCUUAGCUAAACUCAAACAAAUUAGCUGAUAUACAACAUAUGCAUAUAUACAACCCCCUAUAAAUAAUCCUGGUUUCUAAAAUUUAUAUUUCUAAAAAAUAUUCUUGAAAUGUACUUCUCAGUAUUUCAAAGUAUUAACGUUAACACACGUAAUAAUAAUAAAGUAAUAUAAAAUUGCAUUCCCUGAAUACGUUGUUACUAUUUUUGCAGAGUACGAGAAAACGAUUAGCAACAAACAAGUACUCGUUUGUAAAAUUUCUUCCUCGAAUACAUUGCCUAACACCCAGAGAAACUUUGGACAACAUACAGCAGAACAGGAAAGGUAAAUUUUUUAAGAGAAAUUAGCAUUACCAGAAAUUUGGAACAUUUGCCCUGUCGUUCAAAAUCCGCGUUAAUUACAUAAUAAUUGAUUCGCAAAAUGACUUUUAACAUUGAUGGCAAAUGGUCAUGUUAUGCAAAUUUUUAAAUUAUUGUAUUAUUCAAAACCUAUACAGGGCGUCCCAAAAACCAAACUAUUGAAAUAACGUAUUGUUAGAAUUUGAAUGCCUGAGCACUAAGCCUAACGCAAAGGUGCGUAAAAUGAGUCAAGCUUUUAUGCACUUGUGGGUUCAGCAGAGUGCUGAGGUAUUCAAAUUCUAACAAUACGUUAUUUCAAUAGUUUGGGUUUUUGUGACACCCUGUAGAAAUCCAUUGUAUAGGUUACGUCGAAUUAGUUCAAAGACAAUGGAUUUCUAUAGGUUUUAAUAUAAAUCCAAUAAUUUUAAAAUUUGCAUAGCAUGCAUGACCAGUUGCUACGGUUAUCUUUGGCACUGCACCCUUCGACCACAGUAUAGGGAGACAACCAGUAGGGCCACCUACGGAAGAGAAAAGUGGCAAUUAUUUAAGCUAGGUUCCAGGUGUCUUACGCGGCCAAAAUCAUUAUUCUGUAGUACAAUUUUAUAGUGGACUGCUGCCGUUUACUGGCUGCCAAUAUGUAAACUAGGUUGGCAGCCAGUAAACAAUGUAAACACUUUUUUAUGCUGAGUGGCCCUACUGUACUUUUCCUAUACUGUGCUUCGACUGCCCAAAAAGCAAGAAAAGAUUAACAUUGAAGUACUUUUGGAACCGAUUUGUUGUAAACAAGUCUAUAAGAUAUUGUGGGUUCUCUGGAAAGGUUGAACCCUCCUGAAUACAGCACGAACUGCGAUCCUUGCAUCGUGCAAAUAGUUGUUAGUCAAAUCCAGCAAUUUCUGGCGCAACUUUUAGGAGGUUACUAUAGCCACUCAACAUAGUAUAAUACUAUAUACUCACUCUCCAACUUUUAAAGACUCCACUCACGCUAGCUCUAGUGUGCGCCGGCCUUAAGAAAUACCAAUAUGGCGGAUAGGUGGCUAAGAAGGUUAGAAUUAGUGGACAAUAUCCCAACCGAAAUAAGAGGAGAAUUUAUCAUUUUGAUCUUGAAAACUAUGCCGAGGAGCAAUUCCGGUUCUGGUUAACGAAGGAUGGGUUUUGUACUGUCUGCUCCUAGACAUACUCAGGCCAAAUAUAUCUGCAUAUAAUGAUCGAGGAAGACCUAUUCCAACCGAUGUACGAUUUUUGUAGAUUGUACAAUUUUAUGCCACAUUUUACAUACAUCAGCAAGUAGAAUUAUUAAUUAAGCAUGUAUCUGAGGCAAUUACACGUUUAAAUAACGAGUGCAUUGUUUUCCCUCCAGCUCAUUUGCUGCCAGCAUCCCAACUAGAUUAUAUAUUUUGGAAUGACUUUGCUGUUUUUAAUAACAUACGACAUAUAACCAACUUACAACAGCUAAUUAUGGCCUCACAAUUAACUAAUUACCAUUUGGCUUCGGGUGUUGUUCUUCGGUUUUUCUCGUGGCAUUUGUCAUAUUCUUCCAGUAUUCAAACUCCGCAUCUAACACCUCCAUUUUCUUUUGUGUUCAUUCAAUUGGUUCAUAGUGCUUACAAUAUGCUUAUUUUAAAAUUACUUCGCCAAUGAACUCAUCAUAUGGUAGUUUUUUUAAGCCAUUUAAAACACUUGCAAUCCGUACUUUAUCAGAUAUAAAACACCCGACCUGUGUUCUCGUGUUUUAUAUCUGUUCAAGCUCUCCUGUUCAUAUUUUAAAUAGUAUAAAUAUUACCUUAAAUUAAAGGGACUGUUACACAAAUGUUAAUAUAUUAAAUGGGGAAAACAUGGAGAGCAGUAGGCAUGCAGUUUGGAAUGCACAAUGAGUUAUGGAAUUGCGAAUAUAUAUGAUAUUUAUGCCAUCCUGAAAUAUUUUAAUUUUAAACAGAAAUGAAGUAAAAUGAUUAGUAUAAAGGUAAAGUUCAUGAAGUUCGAUGUCGAAAUCCGACCUCAGGCAGUCCUUCGUUUGCGUUUAGGCACUGUGAUAAGUUUAAUAAUUCAACUUUUCUUUGCAGGAGAUACAGAAUUCGACAUGGAAAAGUUCCACAGUGAAGAAUACCAACGACCGUUUCAGUAUCUAUCGCAAUUCGCAAACGGCUCAAACUUAGACACAUUUUCGUUUAUAUACGAACCUUGUGUCUUGGGUAUUGGUGACCCAGUCGAUGCUUUGAAGAUUAUAAUCAAGUAAGAGUAAUUUAAGAGUUAGGAUAACAUAUAAGCAUAAACAUGAUAAUGAAAUUGGAAAUUAGUCCGUUCAGUUGUUGUCGUACAUGAAGCCGCAAAUGAUUUGGAAUCACUUAAUGUUGUACUUUAAAAUUGAUUAUUUGUUUAAAUAGUUUCGUUUGUCUCGAAUAGAUGGGGUAUAUAUAUUUAGUAAUUUGUUCUACAGUUUUAGGACUAGUAUUCAAAAAGCACCACAAUCUUGUGCUAUUUUCAAAGUUAGAUUGAUAAAAUAACUGCUAAAUUAGUGCUUUGUGCAACCAAAGGAGGUUUGAUUCUGUACAUACUGCAGUACUCGAAAAGGUGUUUUUUGUACAUUUGUAUUUGACAAAUGACCACUUUUGACAAAUACUGAAGGAUAAGUAGUAUAUUAACUAGUUUUAAUUUUUCUCAGGAUAAAUUUUCUAUACGGUGAAUUAAUUACUAUACCAUAAACAAGCGCAGGCAAUACUCGAUGUGUGUAAUAGUAAUAUUGGUGUAUGUUAAUGCAUCAGAUCUCAUUUACAAUCUGCCAAAACGUGUUUUAGAUAUUGUGGAAUCCGUGAUCCAUCUUGGGCAGAACUUUAUCAUUUUGUGAACUUUUUGAACAUCCAAUUGCGUGACUGUGAAGAAAGCCUUUUUUGUGACCCGCUAUUGGUUGGUGAUCUCUUGCAAGGCUUUAGGACAUUUGCAGUUCGUUUUAUGAUUCAGAUGUCUCGUGUAAGUUUCUCAUUUAAUAAAAACAACAACAACAACAAUAAUAAUAGCAGUAACAACAACAACAAUAAUAUAAUCUUUAAAAUCAUGACAUGAUAUCCAUAUGGGUUUUUUUUGAGAUUUUACUUGAUUAUUAGGCUGCUCGCAGCCCGAAUUUAUUUAGGGAUUUAAUUUCGUGCUGCGAGUAGGCUACUUGAUUAUUUCCCUUCAACUUAUUUGAAUAAUAAUAUUGUUGAAAAUUUUUCGAUAUGUAUUUGUCAAAUGUAUUUCACAUACAUUUUUAUGAAAUCUUAUUUAAUGUUUAAAAGUACUGUCCAAUUGAAUAUUUAAGAACUUGGUUAUUUUGGUUCCAACAUAUAGCCUUACUUUAGCAUCUCAUUUUUGAUGGCCAUAUACCAGACCAGAUGCAUAUACAAGUUGUAUUCAGCGCAGUUUAGUACACUAGUAUGAUGACUGAAAAGCAAGCUGUUAAAGGGCAAACUUUUACCCAAAUGUGUAUAGAUUCAUUUUAUGUCAACAGAUAAGACCUUAACCAGGCUUUAAAACGUAAUAUCAUUUUUGUCAAUUUACUCGAAUCUGAUUGGUUAAAAACUGUGCCGUUUAAACAUUAAACUCGCAGUUGUGGCGAUCAAGAUUGAUCGGCGCGAAUAGGAGUCCGCGUGAAUUUUGCACGCCCAUGUGAGUUCAGAAAUGCAAAGACAAAAGUUAAAUAAAGAACGUGAAAAUGUAUAUAUUAUGUGAGCUCUUUUUAUACACUGAGCUCUUAUUAAAGAAGACCAAGUUGAAAUAAAAAUUCACAGUUUUUACGGGUAUGAAUUGAAAACUAAUGUCAGAAAGUACUCUUAUGGAACGUACUCUGCUGUGCUCACUUGAAUACAUUUUUUUUUAAGUACGAGGUUUCUUGUUUUUGAGUGCUCACGUAAAUCUGACCAAAAUGAUAUUAACAGGAAAUUACACUUGUGCAGUUGUUCUCGAAGUAUUAGAUUUUUCAUUAAUACUUUUCGAACCGUGAAAUUUCCUUUACAAAUUGCGUGUAUUACAUUCCCAUUAACAUUUGACAAAAUGUUGACGUCAGCAGUAAUAUUUAAAUAUCUGUAACUCAAGGGAACGACUUAAAAAUUUUGGUGGAGAUAAGUUGUAACGAAAUUGUUGUAGUAACGUGAUGACAUCAUAUUGUAAUGGGUCUAUUAGUAAUCUUCUACCAGCAAGCAUGUACCCAGAUUUAAAACAUUUUGUUUGUAGUGCAUGAUGUUCUCUUUGACGACAUUUGAAUUUACAAAUAACGAAGUGAACUAGUAGAUAAUAAAGUAAUGAACAACUUACUAACCACGGACAUGAUAAGAAAUAUCAAAUUUAGUUCUCUUUGCUCCUUGUCCUUAUAUUGUUGUCUUGCUUGGACUACUGCGAAAUGUUCCACCAGUUCCAUUUUUUUCAUUUUGGUCUUUAAAAUUUGUCUUUGUCAAACAUCAAAGUGUUCCCUUAAGUUCAGCUGUUCUUGCCCUUUCGGCUUUAGCUUGCGCAGAAGGAACAGAACUGUAUUUGCCGAAUUCGACUUGUUCGAGUUUGACUGCACAAACUUGUUUGUUGGUUUGGUAUUUUUCGUCAUGGCCUCACUAAUAGUUUAUAAAUAGUCAAUAUUGUGAUCCAAUAUAAUAUUUUAGAAUAUAUUAUAGAUAGUGUUCUCGCCUUGUAGGAUUUUGCCACUAGAUCACUGAGUGAAAAUAACUUGGGUGUUGAAGAUGCUUCUAGACAAGAAGAAGAAGAUGAUUUAGUUCCAUUUCAAAUACGAAGACGCUGGGAAUUAAGGUGCAUAAAAUAAGAAACUCUGUUGCAAAUGUACACAGUCCACAUUACCUUAUUAUUUAUCAAGAAAUUAGGAAAGAUGCUUUCGUAUUUUAGGUUUAAAACCCGAUCAAAUGUUCGAUGCAGUAAAUGCAUGUGAAACUUUGCUAAAAAAAAUGAGUAAAUUUGCUUCAAACACUCAUUAAUAAUUCAUAAGCUUAUUGGCAAAUAAUGUCAACCAUAAUCUGGUACGUGAAGAGGCUUUAUACCUGAUAAAACUCGUCUUCAUUAGUAUUCUUUAUAUAAAGAAUACUAAUGAGACGGCAUCUAUUGUAGUCGUGUAUAAGUACUAUUUAAAAAACGAGCAGGAGUGUUUCAUUCGGUUUAAAGCCACGAGCGCGCAGCGCAAGUGGCUUUAGACCUAAUAAAACACGACCUGCGAGUUUUUUAAAUGGCUUCGAAAACGUUUCCAUAAUAAGUCAAAUCUUUAUAUAAAAAUCUUUAUAUAAAAAUCUUUAUAUAAAAAUCUUUAUAUAGUUUGCAUAACAAUGGUCUUUUGUUAAAGUGUUCUUUAGCUGGUAUAAAGACGUAUGCACGUGACUAAUUUCUUACUCAAGAUUGGAUAAUUGCUUCAUGAAUUAUUAAUGCCGGAGUUUUUGAAAGCUAUUCAAAACACUUGUAGUCGUGUUUUAUCAUAUCUAAAAUGCUCGUGCUGCGCAUACGCAUUUUAAAUAGGAUAAAACACUCUUAUAUGCGUGUUUUAUUUAUAAACUGUUGGUGCAUUAGUGUACUUGAGUUUGAGUCAAAAUACUAUGAAUUGAUUUAAAUCAAGUGAAGAAUGCCAAGCAGCGCUUUUCCUACCAUAAAUUUCUUGUUUCAAAGAACACAAUGUAAAAAAUAAAUGUUGGUACCGGUGGGAUAUCAAUGAUAUUUAUAAUAGUUAUGCUAAGCACGUGAUUUCUAGUAGGUUAAUUAGUAUAUUUCUACACUUAUUUUAUAAAUAAUUUCGCUAAAAAUUGCAAUUGAAUUCACUGUUAAAAAUUUCUCGUUGAAUAAACAUCCAUUCAGCGACCAUACUUUCCCUUCAUUUCGUAGUCAUGCAUGGUAUAGACCCAUUGCACUGACGUCACAAAUCCUUAUAGUGUCCUCCAGAUGCUCCCUAACAAUAUCUGUUCGGGUACAACAACCACAUACAGCGCAAAAAUUAACCAUUUUAAUACGAAAUUAUUAUGAAGUUUUACAAAAUUUGCUUUGUUUACAAAAGUUAUAUUAUGCAUAGAUUGCUAAUUUGUCCUCCAGAUGCAUCAUCAUCGGCGCUGUUACGUCAUGUGCAAUGGGUCUAUUACAAUUUUUAUUACAAUAACUUACUGCGAUGACCUAUUGGAGUAUUUAUAACAAAUAUAUUAUUACCAUGGAUGCUUCAGUUUUAUAUACAAUUUUCUUCAUCGUAAUAAUCUAAUCGCAGUUUUUGAAACUUUCGUGAGGAUCUCCAAAACUUAUAAUUGCAUGUUUUUCUUACAGCCCCCAUCCUUACAUAUUUUUCAACCACGACCGUGACAGCAUGACUUUUCUGGGAUUUUUGCUCAGCGAGAACGGUGAUUUGCUUGAUCCUGGAACGAACACAAUUUUAGAAGAAAGGUUGAUGGAGCCUAGUUUAAGAGGACAACUUAAACAUCAAGGCGUCGAUUUUGAUGUAAACUACGAGAAACGUGACAGGUUUGUAUUAAUAUGACAUAUACACUUUUUGUUUUCUAUUUCAUUCAUGUAAGAAGAAAAUGUAACGAUAAACAUUUUCCUUUCAUUAAAGGAUGGCACGUAUUGAGAACUUAUGCAGUGUCAUGGGAAUUAACUAUUUGCAUGAUCCAGAUUCCACAUACGAACUCACCACAGAUAAUGUUGAAAAAAUCUUGGCAAUUCACAUGCGAUUCAGGUUACUUUUUAUUUAUUUUGUAUGGCUAAUCAUGUGAUAAUUGAUGGUUAAUGUUUGAUAAUUAACAAAUAUAAAACAUUUUCCGUGUUGAUAUACAGUUAUAUCAACACGAGUGGAAAUUGGGAAAACGAGAAAUUGUGUGGAAACACGACGCCCGAAGGGCGGAAUGUUUUCACACAAUUUCGAGUUUCCCAAUUUCCACGAGUGUUGAUAUAACUAUAUAUCAAUACGGAAAAAAUGUUUUAUAUUUGUUUUAUAAUAUAGCACAAAGAAACAUAAAGAAAGAAAUUUUCCGACGUUUCCGUGUUGACAUUGAGUUAUAUCAACACGGCUCUUAGCCAAUUGGCGUUCAGAAUUUACAAAUGCUAUAUUAUUAUAAUUGAAAAUUAAACAUUGAUGUAUCAAUCAAAAUUUUCUAUCCACCAAGGAAUAUUUUAACUACUCACUUCAAUGACAUUUUGUGUAAUUUACUUUCAUUAAGUAGAUAAACUACAGUAGUUGCAUUUACAACUCGACGUUUAGACCUGAUCAUGUGCCUCAUUUCCAAGCAACCUUUUGAUCAUAAAGAUUGUUUGUGCUUAUCCAUGCUAUUGUGGUCUGCCUAAACAAAUUCUAAUAUAGCUGUACUAUAUUUGGUAAAGAAUAUGAAGAUGUGACUUUAUUAACUGGAAAGAAUAGAUUAAUUUUGUUUUCUAUAGCUACUUAUCUAAUGUGCUCUGAGGACAUUACGGAGAUAUGUACUCGAUAUAAUUAUCAUGCAUAUACCAUAUACAUUUUCGACAUUACUCGAAUAGCUUGUUUAAAAAUUCUUCAUUGAAGCAAAGGGUUUCUUUCUUUCAAAAAGGUGUGGCAUACCAGUAAUUAUCAUGGGGGAGACAGGAUGUGGCAAGACUCGUCUUAUUAGAUUCAUGUGUGAACUUCAAGCUGGACCUGAUGGACCGAAAAAUUUGCUACUAAUGAAGGUUUGACUAGUUUUGCGUACUUUUCUAAGCACCUUAGUUCUUACUAAAUUCACAAACUUGGAAUUGUAUUCAAUUUGAAUUUCAAUUCUUGCAAUACUGUUCUUGGGACUAAUCGGUAGUCGAUAGUCAUAAAUAAUUUGGAGUCCCAUAAGUUUUUCGCCAUAGUUGGAAUUUAAAAGUUAUAUUUAAUUAUGUCAUUUUGCUGUAGUAAAAAAAUCAGUAGUGAUAACGAAUACGUUUCUGAUACCUGAAAUCUUAAGCAACUGAAUGGUGGGACAGUGAUUUUAUUUAAUUAAAUUUCGUUGGAUAUUUUGUCUGGAUUUAUAGGGUCUUAUAAAAUUAUUCAGACAAAAGAAGUGCUAGCUCUGUUAAUGUUUUUAUUUUCGUUCUUUUGCUAUCAUUUUUCUGUUUGAAAAUUUUUAACCAGUUUAAAUAUUAAAAAGAAAUUUCUAACAUGUAAACAAUUGUUGCUUGUGUGAUGUUACUCUGAGUGUAUAACAUCGCACAAGCAUCUUAUUCACGUGAGUACAUUACACCAAUACAGCAAAUAUCAUGUAAACAAUUGCUGGUAACUAUUUCACUGUGGGUUUUUACCGGUUAAUGCUAUAAAAAUCGAAUAAACUUGCUGUUUUCUCUUUGGCAAUACGUCGGUAAUUUUUUAGCCAUCAUCUUGUUUUACUAGCAGGAUAUGAGGUGCAUAUAUUAUACUAUUAUCGUUCGAUAUAAUAAAACACUUAUAUUGGAUUCAUCUUCGCCCAAUAUAGAAAAUAUUGCAGUCUCGACUUGAUAUUUGCCAUAUUGGACUCAGAAGAAUGCAAUAAUAUUAUACGCUCACAUAUGCCAUUGACCAAUCACGAGUCUUCAGUAAGUCACAUGUAUGCCCAAUAUUUUAUGAUGUAGGACGGGGCAUAUUGGGCAAUAUUAGAAUGUUAGGGUUUGUAAUCCAAGUGAGUAUAUAUACAUUUUACGACCUGACCAGGAACGACUGCGAAAAAUGCAGCACAAUGUCCUCUGGUAUAGGAAUUGAAUCUACGGCCCUGCGAUUCCGGUGCAGCGCUCUAACCAACUGAGCUACGGAGGCCAGCUGUUGAGCUGUAACCGCAAGUUCAUGUAUAUAUAUAUAUAUAUAUAUAGGUAAUCGGGUGUGCGGGUUGUGAUAAGGUGGACUUCAGUGAUUUGAUUUCUUGCACUUUACUGACUUGGUGGAAUUAAUAUUAGAAUGUUAGGGUUUGUAAUUGUAGGAAAUGUUAGGGAAGUAAUGUUAGGGUUGCAGCUCAACAGCUGGCCUCUGUAGCUCAGUUGUUUAGAGCGCUGCACCGGAAUCACAGGGCCGUAAGUUCAAUUCCUACCAGAGGACCUUGUGCUGCACUUUUUGCAGCCGUACGUUCCCGGUCAGGUCUUAGUCGUACGUUCCCGGUCAGGUCUAUAUGUAUAUAUGUAUAUGUAUAUGUAUAUGUAUAUGUAUAUAUAUAUAUAUAUAUAUAUAUAUAUAUAUAUAUAUAUAUAUAUAUAUAUAUAUAUAUAUAUAUAUAUAUAUAUAUAUAUAUAUAUAUAUAUAUACUCACUUGGAUUACAAACCCUAACAUUCUAAUAUUAAUUCCACCAAGUGAAGUGCAAGAAACCAAAUCAUUGAAGUCCACCUUAUCACAACUCGCACACCCGAUUACCUAUAUAUACAUGAACUUACGGUUACAGCUCAACAGCUGGCCUCUGUAGCUCAGUUGGGUAGAGCGCUGCACCGGAAUCGCAGGGCCGCAGCCUAGACAUAGGCCUUCUAGUCUUAUUUAUAUUUUUUAGUAUUCAGCGGUUUUUCACAUGAAAAGACUGGGACUAGGUGAUUUGGGGGCGGGGCGGAGGAAGCAAGCCUAGAAGGCCUAGUUGAUUUCCCAACAACAAGGCCAAAACUGCCCUGAAACUGCCCUGGUUGCGAAAUGCCCAAUUAUUGCGUUCUCAAACAGAAUUAUUUGCAACUUAACGGCGAAUUUAAAUCGAUACAGGUAAAAUAAACUCAUUUAUAGUAUAAACUUACUAUUUUUAUUUGUAUACACGUCUAGAAAAUCGGUUUUUUAUCAUAAAGUUCGAAGCAACACUAUUAUUUAAUAUGUUGACAAGGUGUAGCGAAAGAACAAAAUGAGUCAAAAUAUAUACCAAAAGUAGAAUCUUUCAUGAAAUUUUGUCUUAUACACAAGUACAUUAAUAUAUAUUUUCUCAAUUUUGGCAAGAAGCAGAGUCUUGUGUUUGUAAAAUAUACAAAAUAAAACGGAUACAUAUAUUAUUAGCCCGUACAGUACUGUAUAUAAAAACGUACAUUGUUUAUACAAAUGGCAUAUCUGUAAUAUUCGAAGAAUCGUCAGCUAGUGGCAUAUUCGAAAUCGUCACUACGAAAUCGUCACUAUCUGUAAUAUUAUAGUUAUUCAAAGCAAAACAGUAGAUUGUCUUGCGAAUAAAAGAAUUAUUAUUUUGUGCCGUUUCGCUACACCUUGUCAACAUAUAUAAAUAGUGUUGUUUCAAACUUUAUGAUAAAAAACCCGAUUUUCUAGACGUGUAUACAAAUAAAAAUAGUAAGUUUAUACUAUAAAUGAGUUUAUUUUACCUGUAUCGGUUUAAAUUCGCUGUUAAGUUGCAAAUAAUUCUGUUUGAGAACGCAACAAUUGGGCAUUUCGCAAUCAGGGCAGUUUCAGGGCAGUUUUGGCCUUGUUGUUGGGAAAUCCACUAGGCCUUUUAUUUUUUCGCUUGCGUCAUCCUCCACCACGCCCCCAAAUCACCUAGUCCCAGUCUUUUCAUGUGAAAAAGCGCUGAAUAUUAAAAAAAUAUAAAUAAAAAUAGAAGGCCUAGGUCUAGGCUGGCAGGGCCGUAGGUUCAAUUCCUACCAGAGGACCUUAUGCUGCAUUUUUUGCAGUCGUUCCUGGUCAGGUCUUAAAAUGUAUAUAUACUCACUUGGAUUACAAACCCUAACGUUCUAAUAUUAAUGCCAUCAAGUGAAGUGCAAGAAACCAAAUCAUUGAAGUCCAUAUUGGGCAGUAGCAUGUCGUGGCUUUUCCCUGGUUUAUCAACCCUUUUCAAAUGUUUUAUCAGUUUUAAACACACAAAAACAUUUUGGUAAUAUGUAUGUGAAAAAUCCAUAUUUGGGUAGCCAUUGAGUUGAUAUGACAAUUUCACAGUUGGCUGUUAGCCAAUCAGAAACCAGGAAUUUUUUAAAUAAAUAAUAUUAAAUAUUGAAGUCUCGACUUAGUAUUUUGCCAUAUUGGGUUUAGCGAAAUCCAAUAAGUUAUAUUCUGCCAGUAGAGAGCCAACCAAUUUGCAGAAUAGUUUAUAUCCGGUAGUUAUCUAUAUUAUAAUAGCGGAUAUUUUUGGGCUAUAUAGGUACAUGGUGGAACAAGUUACGCAGAAAUUGAAAAGAAAGUGGAAGACGCAGAGAAAUUGGCUUUCUUCAAUGAGAAGAUAAAUGUUGAUACUAUUUUAUUCUUUGAUGAGGCGAAUACGACAGAUGCAAUUGAUCUUAUUAAAGAAAUUAUGGUUGACAGAAGAGUGAAUGGACGAGCUAUUAAUCCUGAACUGACGAGACUGCAUUUCAUUGCUGCUUGUAAUCCAUACCGAAAGUAAGUUCAAAUUGUUCGAACUAGUUAGAUUACUUUGUAGUUUGACCCGAUAUUCAUAUAUUUUUUAGCUGUGCUAAACGAACUUUUGUCAUAAAAUAAUUGUUUUCUCUUUUUUACAAUAAAUAUUGCAGCUGUUGAGCAAAAAGUUGUAUAAAAAAGUGCAUGUUAUCAACUUUAAGGCUCUUUUCCACUCAUCGCAAAAACCAACUCGCAAGUUCACUACCAACUCGCAAGCUCGCUGUGAGUACUUGCAUCAAAUUAAAAUAAACUGUUUAUAGAAUUUUGAUUGGAUGAAAGUAUUUGCAGCGAACUUGCGAGUGCACUCUUGCGAUGAAUGGAAAAAAAAGCAUUUAAAAAACCAAUUUCGCGUGACAUACGUCAUCCAGAUGGCAGAUACCAAUAUUUUUUUCUAUAAUAUACCCUUUUAUAUAGCGCUUUUCAAAUUUCAACAACACGCAAUUCUGAAAGGUUUCUUGCAUAUCGAAUGUGUAUUUACCUGCAUGGGUGAUCAUGCAUGCUUCAACAACACUUUUAGUGACGCUUGUUUGAAUUUCUUUGGAAAAGGAUGCCUUGUAUUUUUAAGGAUGGAACAGUAUAAUUAUUAUACAUCAUGUUUCGCUCGCUAUUCUGGUUUAAAUAGAUGAUUACAAAGCCGAGUCGAAUUGUAAUCAAGACCCAACGUUUCGACUGGGCUUUGUAAUCAUUUAUUUAAACCAGAGUGGCGAGCGAAACAUGAUUGAUAUACCUGGUUGCAGUGAACGAACAAACUUUAUAAGUAUAAUUAUAGUUUCGAUUAUUUGUUUUAGGCACACAAAAGAGAUGAUUAAAAAACUAGAAUCUGCUGGUUUGGGGUAUCAUGUGUCGGCUGAUGAAACUGAAGAUAAGUUAGGUAUGAUGCUUCAAUCAUGGGUAAAAAUAUAGCAUAAUUCCUAUAAGACAUAUAGGUUAUAGCUUCAUGGACAGUUGUUUUCCCAUAUAAUGCUGGCUUCCCAAUGAUCAAAAUUUCGGACAAACCAACGUUAAAAUGCUGGAUAACGGUGAAUUUAUAGCAAUUUAAAUACGAAGACUAAAUCUCUGACUUCCCCUACAUGAACAAUGUGCUAAAAAAUUAUAAAGUUUGUUUACCGGAAUUAUGGUUUCUGUAUAAAUUGUGCAAGCAAAGCCUAUUGUACGAGCCUGCAUGCAGGGAGUUAAAGGACUCAGUAGAUUACCUGAUCCAUAGCAAAUAAUUUAUUUUGGCAUCUACAUUCGUUUUUUAUCUAAAUUUUCGCCAUUCGUUAACUAUAUCCCCAGGAAUAUUACUGGGGUUAGUUGCACAUAAAUUUCCUUUCUGACUUUCAAUGCACUAACAAAAACCUUUCACAUGUAAAAGAAAUUACAGUACCUUCAACCAAAUUUAAUUUUCCUGUCAUGCUUUUCUUUACAGGGUCAAUUCCGCUCCGACAACUUGUGUAUCGCGUCCAUCCUUUGCCAGAGAGUAUGAGACCCCUAGUGUGGGACUUUGGCCAACUUACUGAUCACACAGAAGAACUUUAUACUGCACAAAUUGUUCGAAGAUUCAUGGUAUCACCAACUGCAGGUGUAAGUAUUAUGAUAAUUUACUAUGGUCGUAUAUGGUGCUUUUCUAUGGGUGACAAGUGCCCUCAAUUAAAAUGAAUUGUCAUUCACUCUGUUUUAAAGCAAUUUGAUCUAAUUCUGACAAACGGACCACAUGCACUGCUUUUUGCUUAAAAUGUAAUAUUCAAGACAAGGAUUCCCACUUAUUUUACUUCGAUCUAAACAAACAGAUGGUGUAAAUGACCUUAGUGCUUUAUAUACUGUACGUUUCGGUACCUCAUGGUACUGUUUUAUGUUUUUCUCUUAAAAUUUACAAAACACGCGAACAAGCUACGAUGAAUUAUGCAAACAACGGGAAAAGUAAAAAGAUGGGAUAUAUAAAUGACUGCAUGCAUUUUCAAUAGUCGAAGAGAAAUUUUGAGUGUCAAUUUUAUAAAGAUUUAUAGAUUUUUUAGACCUAACCACGAGCAAUGCAAUAGGCAGUUCCAGGUUUUAAUUUAUGCGCGCAGGGGGCGAUGGGAAGUAAGGUAUCAUAUUGCUGAUUGUGCUGAAAAUUUUCAAUAAAAACUGCCGAAACAACCGAAAUAUUCCAAUAUUUACAAGUAUAAGCUAUCACUCCGUGUUUACACGGCCACCAUUUUUAUUUUUUCAGCAUAAUCAGCAAUAUGAUACCUUACUUCCCAUCACCCGCUGCACGCAUAAACUAAAAGCUGGAAUUGCCUAUUAACUAUAGGCCUUCUGGCAGGAAUCAAACUGCGAGGAAUGCAACUAUAUGCCCUCGAACCAGCAGCAGUCUAAUAACUCUAUUCAAGACUUGGUAACAUGCGAAUAAAUGUAAAUUAUAGAAGUACAUCAAUGCAACAACCCCUCCCCUUUAUUUUCUCAAAUAUUGAUUGACCAUUGCAACACGAUCGCGUUUUUCUAAUUUUUUUUUUGUGUGCUAAAACGCCAAAAAAUGAUUACUUAACUAAAUCUAGAACUAUAUUAUUAAUAAUUUCUAUAAUAUUUAAACCAAGCAUGUUAUUUUGCGUUUGAUAAGCUCCAGUUUAUAAUGUAAAUUUCAACCUUGGAUGCUUCAUUCCACUGCUGAUAAUUAUUUUGAGAUCGCUUAGAUGACCACCCACCACCGCACUUUUGAAACCGCUAGCAGCUUUCCGUUUUGCCGGGUGUAAAUAGCCGAGCGCAAUUAGUAACCUUGGCCUUGGGUUACGCCCGAAACGCCGUUGGCUCGGGGAUUAAGUUUGUGUGUAUAUAUAAACAACCGUAUCAAACAAUUUAGUAGGCAGCUUGGCAACCGGCGUAUUUGCCAGUAUUUGAAGUUUCAACAACUACGGCGUAUUAGAAUGCUGAAGGAAGUGCAAUUUAUGGUCGCCUUUGAAAAUUCUAUUGCUGAUGAUUACAUCUUCAUUGACGUUUACGUUGCAUUUGCUAAACUCAAACGCAGUUAACAAAUGAAUGGUACCAAGGAAAAUAUAUUGUUUACUUACUUCUUUUGAUUUAUUUAAAAUUGUAAGAUUUUUUUCUUACUUUUUACAGCUUGCUUCUGCCAGACCAGCCACAGUAGGUUUUGAUGGUACUUUGUACAAUGCUGCACAAGCAUCUUGUAUUGCCAAAGUGUUAUCUGCUUCACAGAAAUAUAUGCGCAAGCAAAAGGUAGAGAAUGUUUCUUGUGCAUGAUUCACUCAUUGAUCGGGCUGCAUGUGACAUCAAGGGUGGAAUAUGUGAAAUAAUUACAGUAAGGUAUAUGAAACCAGCUGCGGAUAUGAAACCAGCUGCACAUUUAUUGCCAUGUCGGUGGUAUAUCAACAAAAGAACCUCAUUUUUCAUUGAAUUUGGCACCAACAUGCAUGGUUAAAAUUUACUUAUAGCUGCAUCAGUUGCAACCAGUUGCAAAGGAAAUAAAACGUUUUCGCCAUGUUGGAUGAAAAUUGAAUUGCAAACAUGGAAAAUCUUUUGCCAAUUACAUCGACGUGGCUAUAAUAACAACUGAUAGUUUUAUUAUUAAAAUAAUAAUAAAAUAAGGAAAAAAAUUAAGGCAAACAUUAAGUGGAUUGGAGGCAUCGGAAAAGAAGAAAAAUAUUUUACAGCUCGCGGAAAAUACAAGCCUGAAGAGAGGGGGAAAUAAAGUACUUUUUUCCGGUCUAAUAUUGCAGGAAAAGUUAGAAGUUUGAUUGCCAACUAUAUACAAGUAUCCGGAUUUUCCAUGCAUUCGUACAACUACAUUUACGUUGAAACUGUUAACAAAAUAGGCUGUAUAAGUGUUCGUUGCACUCUUGAUCUAAUGGCCUCGUUUUGAGGUGGAUAUUUCCUCAUGUCUCGUGCACGUUAGGUUUAAGGAUAGGUUUCUGACUAGGUUCAACAUCGAAGAGAAACUACUUUGUGCCCUAAACAUGGCGAUAUAUAAAACUUAAUGGACACGUCUGUUGUGCAAGGAAUUUAUAAAUUUUUAACAAAACGGGAAAUAGAAUUAACUGUAUAAUUGAACAGUACUUAAUGCAAAAGUGAGUAUUUUACCCAAAUUUCCUUAUAGGAAUCAAAAGUAUAAAAUCACAGUUGCUUACUAUUAUUAUAUUUUUCCCGAGGACGAGCUAUAUAUUAAUAUGUCAAACCUAGGUGGGGUUUUUUUAACUUUAUAAUUGUAAUGCAAGUUUUUCUAAAUUUUUAGUUCUUCAUCAUUUCACAGCUCUCAAACUCUAGUGUCAUGCUUUCUUUUUCCAGAUUGAAUGCAUGCAAAUUUCCAGAAUGAAAAUUAAAAACGAAUUGAAAAAUCAUUUCAGUUAUUAAAAUCAUGUUUCAUACGUUGUUACAUGAAAUUUUCAGAUAUUAAUUAUUUUUUCAGAAUGAAUGUAGCUUCGUCAGCUUACGUGAUGUUGAAAGAGCAAUGAAAGUUAUCGUAUGGUUUUAUUCCAACUCCAAAUUAAUCGACCAGGUUAUUGCAGAUGAAUAUAACGUGAGAGAUGAAGAUAGCGAAAGUUCUGAAGAAUCUAGUGAAGAAGAAAGUGACGAAAGUGACGAUGACGAGCAAGUUGAACAAGUAAAGUUCUUAAAGUUUAUUUUUCUUCUGCACGAAGAUUUAUUAACUACAAGGUGUAUAUCUAAUGGAAAAGAUCUAAACCUUUUCGUUUUGAUUCUCGACAAAGUUUGCAUGUGAUGAUAAACCAUUAAAAAAAAACCAGGGAUGAGGUGGUGUAUAAUUUAUGUUAUGAAUAAGCAAUAAUUGUUAAUUUUAUUUUAUAGCCUUUAAGUCAAAUUGUCCGCGCGGUAAUCCUUGGCAUUGGUGUGUGUUAUUACGCAAGAUUAAAUGAAAGAGAAGUAUAUUGUAGAGACGUUUGCAGAUAUUUUGAUAAUUCUUGUCCGUUGCCUGGAGGUGUACGUAGGAUGCAAAAUGAAAUUAGAAGGUAAGUAAUUACAUUGGCGAGAUUUUCUCUGAUGGAAGGUUUAAGGUGUAACAAUUUAUAGGUGUGUAGAUAACAGAACACCCUCUAGUGAACUUCAAAUAAAACAUGUGCGUGCGAAGUUUUAAAAUAGCGUAAAUAUUGCACAAGUGCAAUCACACGAGGAACAAUGAUAAUAUUUAGCAGUUUACAAGUUCACGUGUACAUAUAGUUCGAACUCAAAAUUUUUUUCGACUUUUUAUUCAUUUUUGAAGUUCUUGCUACUUUGCUUGGGUGUUUUUUGACUCGACAAUUUGUUUGAAAGUUUUAAAGAAAUUCUAAUUGCGUAUAAGCGCUUUUACCUUUUUGCCAAUGUCUAGUGAAGCGCUCCUGGAUCUUAAUACAAAAUUUCCCUUUCAAAAGUUGUUAAACAGGGUGUCCCAGAAAAUGCCCCCACUAUGUUUUGUGGUAUUUCAACGUCAGCUUUGAAAGAGGUUUUAGAUUUUUAUACUAGAUAAAAGAAUUAUCCUAUCGUUUUAAUGCAUUUAUAUUCGACUUAUCAAAAUAACCAACUAUUUGCCUUCUAGGUUCACUUAGGGGGGCGACGCCAGUAUUUCGGUUUGUUAUUUUGAUUCGUCAAAUAGCAAAUAAAACGAUAUGAUAGUUAUUUCAUCCCGUACAAAAAUCCGAAACUUCUGCUAAAGCUAACGUUGUAAUACCAUCAAAUAUAGUGUAAAGCAUUUUUUUGGGACACCUAGCUGUAUAUCUCACACCAUGCAUGCAUCCUCAGUGGCAUCAUGCAUCUUUUUUGAAACACGGUAGGGAGAAGAAUUUUUAUCUUGUACAGAUUGUUUUUGACGCUUAGUAUAUGGUAACUUACUUUGAUAAACGACUGCCAACAUUUCGCCUCAGAUAUUUGGCAUGCAUCGUAAUGUGUCUACAUCUGUAAAUAAUUACUGCAGUAUAUCAAAAUCUCUCUUUAAUCUGAUGUGGUAAAUUGUAUGCAGAACAUAAAAAUAAAGACUGAUAAUGCUCGCAUGUUGCCGAUCUCGUUUGCUUCAACGAGUGCCGAAAAUAAAAGUAUGUACACUUUUUCUUUUAACUCGUUUUCAGAUGUCAGCGUGGAUUUUUAAAGGACAUACAACUAGGUCAAAAUAUUGCUAGAAAUACUGCUCUAAGUGAAAAUGUCUUCAUGAUGGCAAUCUGUACGGAGUUACGCAUCCCGUUGUUUGUUGUUGGCAAACCAGGUAGUUCAAAGUCUUUGGCAAAAGAUGUUAUAUCGACCAAUAUGAAAGCUGGUAACUCACAAGGUGAAUUGUUCAAGAACUUAAAACAG